AUGGUCAGUUCAGGCGAAGAUAGAGCGGCUGCUGGGAAAUCGGCACCGCCUGGUGAUGACGUGGCAAGUGAUUCGGAUGCGGAUGGAGCUGAAGAAAUCCUAGAAGAGUCGCCAGACAAACGAUGGUCGAAACGGAGAGAGCAGGUGAAACAGAGAGAUGUUCCCGGUAUAGAUGUCGCAUAUUUGGCAAUGGAUAAUGAAACUGGCAACGAAGUCGUCUGGAACGAGGUACAAUUCUCGGAACGAAAGAAUUUUCGUGCCCAGGAGGAAAAGAUUAACGCCGUGUUUGACAAUCUGACGCAGUUGGUACACACGAAUCUAGUCAAAUUUCAUAAAUAUUGGACCGAUUCGAAGUCGGAAAAACCCAGGAUAAUAUUCAUCACCGAGUACAUGUCGUCUGGUUCAAUGUCGGCAUUUCUGCAACGAACACGAAAAGCUGGAUCACCGUUGAGUAUCAAGGCGUGGAAAAAGUGGACGACCCAAAUCCUAUCAGCCCUCAACUAUCUCCACUCAUCGGAUCCGCCGAUAAUUCAUGGAAAUCUGACGUGCAACACUGUGUUCAUUCAACAGAACGGACUCAUCAAAAUCGGGUGUGUAGCACCCGACGCGAUAAACCAUCAUGUGAAGACGUGCCGAGAGAAUAUGCGAUACAUGCACUACAUUGCACCGGAAUAUGAAAUUUUAGACAACACUGAGCUCACUUCGGCUGCCGACAUCUAUUCAUUUGGAAUCUGUUCGCUGGAGAUUGCGGUGAUUGGAGGACUGUCCGGGUGUCAGAAUGGAAGUUCCGAGGGACCGGUGACAGAAGACGUGAUUGAGAAGGCGAUACGGUCGUUGGAAGAUCCGAUGCAACAGGAUUUUAUAAGACAGUGUUUGAGAAAGGAUCCAGCAGAGAGGCCGUCGGCAAGAGAGCUUCUGUUUCAUCAGAUUCUUUUUGAGGUACAUUCAUUGAAACUGCUAUCGGCUCAUUCGAUUGUGGACUCGAAAAAGUACGAGGAUGUUCCGGAGAGCGCGUUUCGAAUAAAGGACAAUGAGCAGAUUGCCGCCACAUCGAAACUCCGAGAGAUGGCUUACUGUCAAGUAGCCGCGUUUCAAGUCGACCUGGAAAAGUUUCUAGACGACGUCCGAAAUGGGAUCUACCCGCUGACGGCGUUCGCUCCACUUGCUCAUCAACCUUCGACCACACUCCGCGCCUAUUCAAACACGAAUCCACCGACGCUUCUGACAAGUGACACACUGUCGGCACCAUCAUCAACGCAUCCAUCAGCCAAUACGACGAUUACUGCAGAGACGACAGCGGUGGCAAGUGCUGCACUGCAGCUGAAUGUUAGUGGGACCACUGUGAAUGGGAAUGGGUCGACGAGCCAAUCGUCGAUUUAUAAGGCGACAUUGGAUUCCGCGGGAGUCGAACGAGCGAUCUCGGAGGCGUUCGAGAUACGAGCGGCACGACAAGCCGAAGUACAACAACAGGAGGAUGAGAAUGAUACGUCGUUGAGGGAACCCAACCCCGAUGAUCCAUUGCCACCGCAAUCUUCAUCUACAGCCCCACCAGUGGAAAACGGGACGCUGACGACGUCCCUAAUCUCAACGCCUACAUCAAUAUCAAAAAUGAAUCCUAGCCCUCUCGUCCUACCGCCGCCACAAGCCACAUCGACGCCUACACCAGCACCGCUGCCUUCAAAACCAACGACGAUGACGAUGACGUCUUCUGAUGCUUCUGCUGUUACGUCUUCUUCCAAAACCUCCUAG